CCGAUUCCAUUUAUCUAGUUUAGUUUAGUUAACGCCAGCAAAAACAAGAAGACAAGUAGUUGUUGUCGUUCAACUUCACCAUCAUCAUCACACUAGAUCCCUUCCUCCAUCAAUUCAAUUAAUCUAUAAUCCACAUAAUCGAUUCUCCUUCAUCGAUCGCUUCGACAAUCAAGGAAAUCAGUCAUGGGCCCUACCAGGAAAUCUAGAAGUGUAAAUAAGAGGUUCUCUAAUAUUCGUGAGGCUGCAGCUAGUAAAGAUAAAGAUGCAGCAAAUACCGGCAGGAAUAGGCAGAAGGCUUGUCCUGGUAUUCAGAAGAAGAGAAAAUUGGCUGAUAUGUUAGGACCACAAUGGAGUAAGGCGGAGCUUGAGCGUUUCUAUGAAGCUUACCGUGAAUAUGGGAAAGAUUGGAAGAAGGUUGCUCUUGCAGUACGUAAUAGGACCAUGGAAAUGGUAGAAGCCCUGUACACUAAGAACAGGGCAUACCUGUCUCUUCCAGAGGGCACUGCUUCUGUGGUUGGGCUGAUAGCAAUGAUGACAGACCAUUAUAGUAUUCUGGGAGGAAGUGACAGUGGAAAAGAAAGCAAUGAAGAUUCAGAAAUAAUGAAAAAGUCUAAAAAACGUCCACGGGGAAAGCCAAAUGACAAUAAAGCAGUAGAUGGACACUUUUCAGAUCAUUCGCAGCCACAUUCUGUUGCAUCGGAUGAUGGUUGCCUGUCAUUGUUGAAGAAGAGGCAUUCUGGAAUUAGGCCUCAUGCUGUUCGAAAAAGGACUCCCCGUGUCCCUAUUUCAUAUUCUAUUGGCAAAGAUAAUGAGGGAAAGUUUUUUUCAUCUGCUAGGCAGGACUCCAAACAAAUGAUUGAUACAACUGAUGUCACUCAUAAAAUUGCAUUAGCAUUAUCAGAGGCUUCACAGAGAGGUGGUUCUUCAAAAAAAGUUGGAUCGCCAAACAAGAAAAACAUGCCAUCACCCAAUCUGAAAAGUGGGAAGAAGCAUGUUAAAUCAGGAAUAGUUGGAGCAAAGUUUCGCAAAUCUGACAUGGAUGAAGCUAGUUCUGAGUUGAGUUUAGGAAGCACAGAAGGUGAUAAUGGAGAUUAUUCUGGAAAAUUAAUUCAUCGGAACAGUAGAGAAAAUACUGGAAGAGUAAGGAACCAGGAAAAGGGAAUAAAACACUACAGAAAGAGUUUAGAACCCCAGAAAAAUACAAACAAGCAUUUGAAUGACAUAAAGGAGGCCUCCAGUGGAACCGAUGAUGGAAAAAACCAGAGUUCCUUCAAGUCCAAUUUUGACACAGAUUUUGCAAAUGCAAAAAGUGUGAGGUCUUCUUACAAGGGUCCCAGAAAGAAAAGUAAAAAGCAACAUUUUGAGGAAGAUGAAGGUUCGGCUUUUGAUGCUCUGAAAACUUUGGCUGAUCUAUCUUUGAUGAUGCCAGAAACAAACCCUGACACUGUUUUUCAUUUAACAUUUUGGUGCCUGAGCUAUAAAGGAGGAAAUUGUGCUCCAAUUUUCACAAGCUCUGACUCAAACACAUUAAUAAUUAGCUUUCAACAGUUUGAAUCAUUUGUGCAGUUCAAUGAAGGAAACCUUGAUGAGUCUAAAAUGGAAACAGAUAACGGAAACAGUUCAAGAAAAUCGGGCAAGGUUUUUUCUGAUAAAGGAGAUGCUGCUCCCAAAGCAGAGGGAGCAUACCAGCUCAGUGCUGGAAGCAGGAAAAGAAAACAAAAAUCUCUUACUUUAAAUAAUGAUGAAACACAUACUGGUUCUCCUUUAAGUGGUUCCCAGAAAAUCAAGGUUACUGAUGAGGUGAAGAAGUCCACGGUUAAAGGCAAGCGGUCAUCUGUUAGUACAGCUCAUUCCAGAAACCUAAAUAUGGUGAAAUCCCUAGGAAAUAUGUCUUCAAAUAUCGUUGACAAAGCAGAAAGGGGUGAUUCAUCCUUUUCCCCCAUAAUUUUUUUGUCUACUAACCAAGUCGGUCAAGCAAACAGAGUCCGACCUAGAAGAAAGAUGGAAAAACCAAAACCAAUGGUACAACAAGAUCAUACAAUGUCUGAAAAUAAUUUUAGUGGUCAACAUGAUAAAUCCAUCGCUUUAUACUGGAGAAAUAGUAUGGAACGUCAUAAGGGAAUGCUUAUUAAUUGUCUGUCUUCACAUCAAACGCGGCGAUGGUGCAUCUCUGAAUGGUUUUAUAGUGCUAUUGAUUAUCCAUGGUUUUCAAAGAGAGAGUUUGUAGAAUACUUAGAACAUGUUGGACUGGGUCAUGUUCCCAGAUUGACUCGUAUUGAGUGGGGAGUCAUUAGAAGUUCUCUUGGUAGACCACGAAGAUUUUCAGAGCAAUUUUUGACAGAAGAAAAACAUAAACUUAAUCAGUACCGGGAAUCUGUCAGAUCACAUUAUGCUGAAGUUCUUGCUGGUACCAAGGAAGGCCUACCUGCUGAUUUGGCCCAGCCAUUAAUUGUUGGGCAGCGUGUUAUUGCUAUCCAUCCAAAGACAAGGGAGAUUCAUGAUGGAAGUAUACUGACUGUUGACCAUUGUAGAUACCGGGUUCAGUUUGACCAGCAUGAACUUGGGGUUGAAUUUGUCAUGGAUAUUGACUGCAUGCCUUUGUAUCCAUCUGAAAAUAUGCCCAUGUCUCUGAUAAGACACCAUAUUACUCCUGCUAGAAUGAAUGAGAACCUUAGAGAUCUUACGCACAAUGGGAAACUAACAGAAAGAAAGAUCUCUGAGCACACAAUGUUGUCCCCAACUGAGAAGUCAGAUGCCAUUAAAGGUCGCUGUGUACCAUCCGCUAUGCAUGGUUUUUCUUCAAGCUGCAAAUCACAAGCAAAAGUUGCGGGCAGUGAGAUCUGUAAUGGCCAAUCAGCAUCAAGUUCUCAUUCUUCCUUUCUUGAACAACUCCAAUCAAAAGAAGCUGAUAUAUUAGCUAUUUCAGAAUUGACUCGUGCUCUAGAAAAGAAGGAACUUGUGUUGUCGGAACUGAAGCACAUGAAUGAUGGGGUAUCAGAAAGCCAGAAAUACGGAGAGAACUCGGUGAAAGAUUCGGAACCUUUUAAAAGGAAUUAUGCUUCAGUACUAAAGCAAUUAACUGAAGCAAAUGAACAGGUUUCUUCUAGCUUAUUUUGCUUGAGGCAACGCAAUGCAUAUCAAGCAAGCUCCUCAGUUUUGUCAUUGAAGCCCAUUGCAAAUUUAGAGGAUCCUGGUGGUCACGCUAGCUCUUCCAAUUGCUCAGCUUGCCACAACCAAGAAUCUAUAUCUCAAAGUCACAUAGCUGAAAUUGUUGAAAGUUCUAGAAGAAAAGCCCGAACCAUGGUUGUUCAAGCUACUCAGGCAAUGUCAGUUUUCAGAAAGACAGAAAGUAAGGUUGAAAGAGUUGAGGAUGUAAUAAAUUUUAUCAAUAACCGGCUUUCGGUUGAUGACUCUACUGCUUCAGCCACAAAUUUUCUGGCCAUAGAUUCUAUUACUUUGGCUUCUCGUGAUCAAUUGACUGCUAGCAGCACAUUAAACAUUUUGGCAAGGUGUCCUGUACAAGAUGAUGAACUUAACAGUUCGUCUGACCAAAAUGAAAUGAAAAUCCCCUCAGAACUCAUAUCUCAUUGUCUAGCUACACUGCUCAUGAUUCAGAAGUGUACGGAAAGACAAUUUCCCCCAGCUGAUGUUGCGCAGGUAUUAGAUUCCGCUGUUACCAGUUUGCAGCCAUUUUGUUCAAAGAAUCUACCAAUAUAUGGUGAGAUACAGAAAUGCAUGGGUAUCAUAAGAAAUCAGAUAUUGGCACUCAUACCUACCUAGCUCAGACUCCUUCAUCCUUUGUAAAUCUCUGAUAUUAGUCAAGUUCGUCUCACAAUGACUUGAGUUCCAUGGGGAUUCAUGAGACAUUGAUGGGGAGAUAAUUAUAAACUCUGUAUACUACAAUUGUAGCCAAAUGAAAAGGGAAGAUUGUAUACCAUAUUUUAAUCUCUUUUCAGAUGUACAUAUUGUAUUAUUAUUGUUGAAGAUCAUAUCAUAAGAAAGGGCUAGUAUGUAGCUUGUCCUAUUCAGCAGCACAAGCACUAUGUAUGAUAUGAGCACAUUAACGAUUUCAACGUUGAUUUGAUGUGAAUUGGAACUUGUCAGGAGCAGUUGUAGCCCCACUUUGCCAAUUUAAGCAUUUCAAUAAAGUUAAUAAUUUGGAAC